GACUAGCAGGGACCUCUCAAUGGGAGCUGCUGUUGGAGCCAAGAAGAACACAACUAAAAAUCUGUUGUCACUAGAGUCAGGGGCAGGUUUGUCUGUAUGUGGAGCAGCUGGUGAUUUCUAAUAAUGCCCACCAGUUGCUGACUUACCAGAUGACUUUCGGUGUUAAAAGGAUACCAAAGCCCUACAUGUAACCAUUUCCCCCAGAGCUUUUGCAAGCCCAAACAUAUUUCCCAGUUCCAUGAAGAAGAGUGGCUUUUUGUUUCUGGAGGACAACAUUGUGUGUCCAAUAUGCCUUGAGGUAUUCAGAGACCCUGUCACCACAGCCUGUGGGCACAACUUCUGCAUGGACUGUCUUCAGGACUAUUGGGACCACCAAGCUCUCAUUGGGGAAUGCCCCUACUGCCCUCAGUGCCGGGAGCCCUUCAGCUCAAGGCCUCAGCUCCGUAAAAACAUAACUUUGGGAGAAAUUUCCUUGAAAUUUACCCGCGAGGAGAGUCAAGGGUCAAGGAAGCUGGCAGGUCCAAGGGAUGUUGCGUGUGACUUCUGCUCCCCCAGGAAGCUCAAGGCUGUCAAGUCUUGCUUGCAGUGCACAGCUGCCUUGUGCGAGAACCACAUCCGCUCCCACUAUGAAGACAAGACUUUCAAGAACCACCAGCUGGUAGAACCCAUCAGCGAGCUGAAGGACAAGAUGUGUGUGAAGCAUCGCAAACUGCUGGAGCUGUUCUGCAAAAUGGAAGACAAAUUCAUCUGCCAGCUUUGCGUCCGGGAGGAGCACAAGAAUCAUGAAGCCAUCCCUCUAAAGGAGGACCGAGCCAAGAAAGAAGUGGAGGUCAGGAGAGUGCAUGCCAGUGUGGAAAAUCAGAUCUUAAUGUUGACAGCGGAGAGUCAGAAACAUAGGGGAAGGGUGAACUAUCUUAUGAAAGUGGUGAAGACUGCCAGAGAUGAAGUGAAUCGGGCCUUUGCAGAGGUGAUGAAAGAACUCAAGCGAUUACAGACCAAAGUGAUGGAAUUUAUAGACCAAGAAGAAAGAUCAGCCUUAGUUGGAUUGGGAAAUUCCAUCCAGCACAGUCAAGAGCAGUUAGCUGAUCUCAAGCAGCAGAACCUGUGGCUAACAGCCCUCAUUGAUGACCCAAGUGACCAUCAGUUCCUGCAGGACUUCCCAAAAGUAAAGCUAAUGUCUGGCUGCACAGAAGCUUUGAUUGGUCUGAAGUGUGAAGAACCUACUAGUUUUGUAGGGCUUAAGCAGACGCUGAUUGACUUGAAAGCCCAGUUAUCCAUGGUUGGACUCUGCUUUAUUAACAAAGUCCUUCAGAAAGGAAUCACAGUAGUGCCCUACGAAGUGAUACCACCACCCAUGGACCGGAAGACUCUCCUAAAGUAUUACUGUAACCUGAAUUUUGAUGCCAGCACUGCCAAUGAAGAGCUCUUCCUGUUUAAAGAGACCCACUCUGUGCUGAACAUGGGAAUCUUGUUGGAGAACUAUGCGAAACCCAGCCAAGGAUUCAACCACUGGCCACAGCUCUUGUGUACCCGCAGUCUUUGUGAAGGCUGUCAUUACUGGGAGACUGAGAUUUCAAAUGCAUGGCUCUGCUUGGGAGUUACCUACAGCUACAGGCAUAGGACAGAGAAAGGGUGUAUGUUCUACCUGAUUGGUAGGAACAGCAAUUCUUGGUGCUUGGAGUGGGACUCAGAAAAGUUCUCUGUCUGGCAUAAUAAUACCCAGACUGUGUUGAAAGGUUGCUAUUACAAGACCAUCGGGAUCUUGCUAGACUAUGCUGCUGGUUCCUUGACAUUUUAUGGCAUCACCAACACCAUGAUGAACCUCCUUUACCGUUUCCUCACCACAUUCACUGAGCCACUCUACCCAGCUGCCAUGGCAAGCAGUGGGGGUUCCAUUACUUUGAAGCAACUUACAGAGUAGAAGCUUUAAAAAAAAUCACUCUUUAAAGUCCAAGGAGGGCAUUGCCGAUAAAAUUAACUUCUAUCUCA